AUGCCAGCAGUAUCAAUAUCAGGAGUGGCAACACUGCCCACCAUUACUGUGGCAGCUAAAACCUGCAGCAGGGAUUAUUGGCAAUCUAGCGAGCAGAUCACCAGAGGCUUUGACGAAAGAUUUGUGGUUGGUGACGACAGUCUUGGCAGACUCGGAGAUGGGAACUGGAAUGGGAAUGGCAUUGGAACAGAGUUUGUUGCAGAUGUACUAGACGGCGUCGAAGAUGGAGCAGAACUCGAAGAAAUUGGAGAAGUUGUUGGAGCAUAG